AUGGCCGACCUACGGGAAGUAAAAAGGCAGAAGCUAGAGCAGAAGCCUCAAACGUACCAGUGUGAGUACAUUAUCCCCAAGAAGAGUAAAAGAUGUCGGAUGUUGAGAAAGAAACUGAACAAGUAUUGCUCAGAGCACAUGAUUCACGAUACAAGUUCGACUAAGAAGCGAAUUCCGUGUCCACUAAAUCAAAACCACACGAUUUGGGAACAAGAUCUAUCUUCACAUUUGGAGAAAUGUAAUGCAAGACCAAGAGACGAUCAUGACCCUUGGUAUGUUGAAAAUAUAAAUCACACAUUAAAUUCUUCAGCUGAAAUAGUGUUUGACAGUGGUCCAGUUCAUGACGAGGACUAUUAUAGAAAAUUGGUUGACAAGAUACAAUUCGAUCCCCUCGAAAUGAGGGUAUGUGAGCACCAAGGAUUGGUGCCGCAACUACUAGAAAAGACAAAUCAAAAGCAUGUAAUACAACAAUCUUCCCUCAUAGGCAAUCUAAGACGGCUCGGUUUGUUGGCUAAUGAUAACUUCUAUAUGGAGUUUGGUUGUGGCAAAGGUGAGCUAUCGAGGUAUGUGAAUCAAUGCGUGUUACAUGAUUUGUCUGGAACUACUGAAAAUUAUGGAUUCGGAUUGAUCGAUAGGGGUACAAACCGUCUCAAAGCAGACAACAAGAUCCUCCAAGACUCGGCACCAUUUUGUGUAAAGCCUGUUGUCAAGAGAAGCAAGAUCGACAUAAAGCAUCUCAACGUUGAUAAGUUCUUGGAAGACAUCCAUCCAAAACAAGUGGUUGCAAUUUCAAAACAUUUGUGUGGGGCAGCCACAGAUUUAACAUUGAAACUGCUAUUAAAUUCAAGUUUGUUCAACAACGAGAAGCUUGGAGGUGUUUUAAUAGCAAUGUGUUGUCGUCAUGUUUGCCUCCAAGAUGAAUUUUUACCCCAAUCCAAGGAGUAUUUGUCUAGCAUUGGAUUCAACACUUCUCAGUCAAUCAAAGCAUUGAAGAAGAUGGUCUCGUGGGGCGUGAAUUUAAACGUUGAUACUAGAGAUAUUGUUGACGCUGGUCUUAAUUCCAAACAGAGGUACGAAUACGGUAUUAAAGCACGAAGAAUCAUUGAUGAGAGUCGAGUAUACGCAUUGAAAUCGAUAUUAGGCAACAAAUAUAAUAUUGAAACGUUUUGGUAUGUCGAUACAGAUACUACUAAAGAGAAUGUGUGCUUGUCAAUAACGCGGAAUUGA